CAUCCCGGAAGCGUCUCCAUGACGACGCGAGACCCUGUGGCCGCAUCCUGGCGGGGAAAGAAGAAGCGCGAUGGAGAAAUACGAGCGAAUCCGGGUGGUCGGGAGGGGGGCGUUCGGGAUCGUCCACCUCUGCCUUCGGAAAAUGGACCAGAAGCUGGUGAUCCUGAAGCAGAUCCCUGUGGAGCAAAUGACUAAGGACGAGCGGCUGGCCGCCCAGAACGAGUGCCAAGUGCUGAAGCUGCUCCACCACCCCCACGUCAUCGAAUACUACGAGAACUUCCUGGAGGACAAGGCGCUCAUGAUCUCCAUGGAGUAUGCGCCGGGUGGGACGUUGGCUGAGUUCAUCCACAAGCGGGGCAACUCCCUCCUGGAUGAGGAGACCAUCCUCCACUUCUUUGUCCAGAUCCUCCUGGCCCUCCACCACGUCCACGCCAAGCAGAUCCUCCACCGGGACCUCAAGACUCAGAACAUCCUCCUGGACAAGCACCACAUGAUCGUCAAGAUUGGGGACUUUGGCAUCUCCAAGAUCCUCAGUAGCAAGAGCAAAGCUUACACGGUGGUGGGCACCCCUUGCUACAUCUCCCCGGAGCUCUGUGAGGGCAAGCCUUACAACCAGAAGAGUGACAUCUGGGCUCUGGGCUGUGUGCUCUACGAGCUGGCCAGCCUGAAGAGGGCUUUUGAGGCCGCGAACCUGCCAGCCUUGGUCCUGAAGAUCAUGAGUGGGACUUUCGCCCCCAUCUCGGACCGCUACAGCCCCGAACUACGCCAGCUGAUCCUCGGCCUGCUCAACCUGGACCCCUCCAAGCGGCCCCAGCUGAACGAGAUCAUGGCGGAGGCCAUAUGCGCCCGGCCCCUCCUGAACCUCUACACCGACGUCGGCAGUGUCAGGAUGAGGAGGCCUGAGAAGCCGCUGGCCGCUGUGCCACCAGUGACCCACGGCAGGGUGGGAGUGGGAGCCGUCGGCCCUAGAGCCAGAGGCUCCAGAGCUGGCUCAGCGAGGCCAGGCAUCCCCCCUGCCCCAUCUUCCGUCUACACCUGGGGGGGCGGGAUCACCCUCCCUCUGCGCCUGCCCAUGCUGAACACCGAAGUGGUGCAGGUCUCCACCGGAAGGACCCAGAAGGCGGGCGUGACCAAAUCUGGGCGGUUGAUCCUGUGGGAGCCGCCCCCACUUGGCACGGCCGGGGGGCCCUCGCUCCCCGGGGCCACUGAGCAGCUGCAGCCCCAGUUUGUCUGCCGCUUCCUGGAGGGCCAGUCUGGGGUGACCAUCAAGCUCGUGGCCUGUGGGGACCUUUUCACCACCUGCCUGACAGACCGCGGGAUCGUCCUGACCUUUGGCAGCGGCAGCAGUGGGUGCCUGGGGCACGAGACCUUCACAGACGUCACCCAGCCCAAGAUCGUGGAGGCCCUGUUGGGCUAUGAGAUCACGCACGUGGCCUGCGGGGCGUCACACGUCCUGGCUGUUUCCAAUGAAGGGGAGGUCUUCGCGUGGGGCAGAGGGGACAACGGGCGCUUGGGGCUGGGGACCCAGGAGUCCCACAACUCCCCACAGCAGGUCUCCAUCCCCCCUGACCACGAGGCGCAGAAGGUUCUCUGCGGCAUUGACGCCUCCAUGAUUCUGACGGGGAGGAACCAGGUGCUGGCCUGUGGGAGCAACAGGUAUAACAAACUAGGCCUGGACAGGAUCUUGCCCCAGGGGGAGCCCCUCGCCACGGACCAGGUAGAGGAAGCCCUUGUCUUCAGUUGUGCCUGCUCAGCCCCCUUGAGUGAAGAGGCCAUUGUGUGGGCUGACAUUGGAACGGCUCACUCAGCAGUCGUCACGGCCACGGGCCAGUGCUACACUGUGGGCAGCAAUCAACAUGGACAGCUGGGCCCCAUCCCAUGUCGUGCCAGCCGCACCCCCUACCUGGUGGAGGGGCUUCAGGCUGUCCGAGUCACCAUGGUGGGCUGUGGUGACGCCUUCACCACCGUCGUGGGAGCAGAUGGCGAGGUGUACACCUGGGGGAAAAGUGCCAGGGGGCGCCUGGGGCGGAAGGAUGAAGAGCCUCGGAGUCCUCGUCCCGUGCAGCUGGGAGAGACUCACGCCAGCCUCGUGGCCUCUGUCUCCUGCUGCCACGGAAGCACCCUGCUGGCCGUGAAACCUGCGGCAGAGGAACCCAGUCCUCACUGAAGAGAAGCCAGAGGGCCCUGCCGCCCCCUCCUUUUGCAGGCCUUUCCCCCUCUGGCCCACAUGCAG